UCUGCAUGCCAUCUUACGAGAUUUAAACUGAUGAUCUAUAAUCCGGAAUCGCCGAAGUCCCGACGAGUCCGGAUUAACGACUUUUGACUGUAGUAGUCCUGAUAAGUGUAACUCCAGAAGUUUAGUUUUAUUGAUUGUGUCCUGUAAGGAAAAGAGAUUUUUUUGAAAUGUUGUGUGAGCUAAAUGAAGUGAAUGACCAUCUCUACAUUGGAAGUGCAAGGUCUGUUACUAACACUUCCCUUAGUUUGAAGGGCAUAACAUGUAUAAUAAACUGUAGUUUGCUGUCACCCUCUUACAGUGUUCAGAAAGUGAAGUACAUUCCAAUUAUGAUUGAAGAUAAUGAACGGGAAAACAUAGCCUGCUACUUUGAUGAAGUUGCUAAUAUUAUACAUGAUGAGCAUGUUGCUGGUGGAAAGACACUUGUGUAUUGUGUGGCAGGAAUCAGCCGAUCUGCUACACUCUGCAUAGCAUAUCUCAUGAAAUUUGGGAACAUGACUCUGCGAAAUGCGUUUAGAUACCUUAGAUCUAGAAGGCAAAUGGUCCGUCCCAACAAUGGGUUCUUCAGGCAACUCAUUGAUUAUGAACGUAGACUCUACUCUCAGACUUCAGUACAGAUGAUCCGUGUACCUAAUGCUGAUUCCCCAGAUUGUGUUGUCCCAGAUGUUUUUUAUGAAGUAUGUAAAGGCAUUGUGUGGCUGAAAAGUUGCAAGAACUUAUUAAAAAAGUGAAUAUUUUAAUACAAGAUGAGAAUAUAUUUGAUAUUAAACAAUGUAUAUAGCAUUUUACCCUGUGAAUAAAUUAUCUAUAUUAUGUAUUUGAUACUUUUUCGUGCGUUAAACUAAUUGAAUAAAAAAGAUAUCUUUUAAAGUU